UGAAAAAGAAAGUACUGAAAUAACUGCUAUUAAUCAAAGUAUUCAAAUAACUGCUAUAAAUAAAAAUACUAAAAUAACUACUAUGAAUAAAAGUGCUAUAAUAAUUAAUGAAAAUGUUGAAGCCACAGUUGAUGAAAGUCUUAAACCUACUACCAAUAAUAAAAAAUGUAAAAUAGUUAAUGUACAAUCAUAA